AUGUCCCGUCCAGAAGCAGGAGAGAUCACCAUCAACAGUCAAGUCAUCCUCAUCGGCCCCCAUGGGCGACCCUUUCCAACUGGUUUCAAGAUCAUGUUUGAUUCACGGGUCUACAGUCCCGAGAAGAAGUACGCCCUCUCUGCUCGAAUUGACGAGAUGGCGGGGGAUGAGCGGUUGCAAGAUCAAGUAUGGCCUAAAUAG